AUGCUUGAGUCGUCGCCCUAUCAGGCUACAGUACCAUCCCCCAUCCCCUUUCCGCUCUCCACAUGUCCCGUCCUCGUCUCUCUUCUCCUGCCACCAUUCAAGAAUCCCCUCAGGACCAGUUUCCGCGCAUCCCCUUUCCUCUUCCCCCUCCCGUUUUUCCCUUUCCCCUUUCUCCUUCCCGUUCCUCAUUACCCCCUCCGAUUCCCCAUUUCCCCCUCCUCUGUGCACCCUUCCCCCAAUGCGCCGCAGCGCUUUCCCCUGAAGGCGGCAGCAACGGCGAGCGGGCUGGCCCUAGCAGGCGACACGCUGGCGCAGCUCGUGGAGCGCCGCAGCCGCCAGCAGCAGCAACAGAAGCAACAGCAGCACGAGCACGGCAGCCAUCGCCGCCACCACGCGGAUGCGCGCUGUGCUGCCGCCACGGCACCGCAUGAUCAGCACGUGGUGCCAGCAGGCGAGGGGGCGGGGGAGGGGGAGGGGGUGGGGGUGGGGGUGGGGGUGGGGCAGCACGACUGGGUGCGAGCGGUGCGCAUGGCGUCGUACGGCUUCCUGCUGUACGGCCCCGGCUGCCACGCCUGGUACCGCUGGCUUGACCGCCUGCUGCCCGCCCCCACCGCCUCCAACUUCGCCCUCAAGGUGGUAGCGAAUCAGGUGGUGGUGGGGCCGAGUGUGCUGCUGGUGGUGUUCGCAUGGAACAUGGCGUGGAUGGGUCGGGCCAGGGAUAUCCCAGACAAGUACCGUCGAGACUUCUUCCCCUCGCUCAUCAAGGGCUACAAGUUCUGGAUACCUGCCACCUGCCUCAACUUCGCAGUGGUGCCAUUAGAGGCACGGGUGGCCUUCAUGUCAUGCUGUGCCAUCUUCUGGAACUUCCACCUCUCCUCUUCACUUGGCACGGAGGCACCUCGCCCCGCACCGCAACGCACAUCUCGUCCUGCUGCGCCUCUCUCUGCUCCUGCUUCAUCUCCUGAUUAUUCUCCUGCCGCCACGGCUUCUGCUGGUUAUCAAGUGUUGGCUGCACCUUCUGUGUAG